AUGUUUGAAUAUGAAGCAGAAGCCGAGUUGAUCCACACAAUUAUUAAGAAUGGAGGAACGCGUCAUGCCUUUUUACCGAUUGUCGCGAGUGGAAAGAAUGCUUGUGUUUUACACUACAACUCCAAUAACCACAAAUGCGAGGAUGGCGAAAUGAUCCUGUUGGAUUUUGGUGUUCGCUACGGGAAUUAUCAUUCGGAUACCACGCGUUGUUUCCCGGUAAAUGGACGUUUUACCGAUCGACAAAAAGAAGUUUAUUCGGCAGUAUUGCAUUGUCUGAAAGAAGGUUCUAAAUGGUUGAAGCCGGGUGUGCAUCAUGCAGCGUAUGAGUUGAACAUGGCGAAACUGGUCGAAGAGCAACUCAUCAAACUUGGACUAAUCACCGAAGAAGAGGUAAAGAAUCAAGAUCCUGAGAGACCUGUUUACAAGCGUUAUUUCAUGCAUGGAACAGCACAUCAUCUUGGAUUGGAUGUUCACGACGUUGGUUCAUACGAUAUUCAUUUCGAACCUGGAAUGGUCCUGACCUGUGAACCUGGAAUCUAUAUCCCCGAAGAAGGAAUUGGAUGCCGCCUCGAGAACGAUCUUCUCAUUACCGAAGAUGGUCACAUCAAUCUAUCUGCAGAAAUGCCCAUAGAAAUCGAGGAAAUUGAAGGGUUGAUGAACACGUAA